ACUACUUUUCAUUGGGCCUGUUUUUGUAUAAAAUGAGAAAGUGGUUGGCCAAAGUGAUCAAGGUGGAGCUAUGAAAGGAGCUUCUCUCGAUUCCUGCCCUGCAAAUGGAGGCCAUGGUUCCCAUAGCUACUCCAAAAACUCCCACUAUCAGAAAUCAUUUGUAGACAUAGUAAGGAUCAAAGUCGAAGAAGAAAUCAAAGAAAACUUCAACACAACACAUCUAAUUUCCUCUUCUUCAUCAAACACGAUUCGUCUCGCCGAUUUAGGAUGCGCAACAGGACCAAACACAUUCUGGACAAUGCAAUACAUAGUCAACGCCAUAAAAUCAAAUUCCCCAAACAUUUCCCCAAAUUUCCAAGUCUUCUUCAACGACCAAAUCUCCAACGAUUUCAACGCUCUCUUCCUCUCUCUUCCACCAGAUCGAGACUAUUUCGCCGCCGCCGCGCCUGGAUCGUUCCACGGCCGUCUCUUCCCGGACUCCUCGCUGCACUUGGUCCACACAGCGUACUCGAUCCACUGGCUGUCGGCGGUGCCAGAGGAAGUGAAGGAUAAAAGAUCAGCGGCGUGGAACGGAGGGAGGAUUCACUAUAUAGGGGCCGCGGAGGGAGUGGUGGAGGCGUAUGCGGGGAGAUUUUCGGCGGAUAUGGAGAGGUUUUUGAAAGCUAGGGCCGAAGAAAUGGUGGGUGGAGGAAUUAUGGUGAUGAUUUGUUUAGGGGUUUGUGACGACGUUUCUCCUUCUCAACUUCCGUUUCGGAUUCUUUAUGAUAAUUUGGCUUUCGCUCUCAUCGAUAUGGCUAAAGAGGGGCUUCUUAACGAAGAUGAGGUGGACUCAUUCAACAUACCAAUAUUCAUCCCUUGCCCAAAAAAGAUGAGAAAAUUGAUAGAAAAAGAUGGACAUUUUAGCAUCGAGAGAAUCGAACUAGCAGAGCCAGCAACGUGGUUGAAAGAAAACGUAGACAUCCGAGUGUGGAUCAAUCAUAUAAGAGCUGCAAUGGAAGGAACUUUCAUUCAACACUUCAAAAAGAAGGAAUUAAUUGAUGAAAUGUUUGAAAGAGUGAUAAAAAAGCUCUCAAAUUACCCUGAGGAGAUCAAUGAAAAGCUUCAUGAAAAGGUCCAAUUAUUUGCUGUUUUAAAGCGCAAAGAUGAUGCUUUCUAAAAUAAAGAAAUGGGUUGUGAAAGAAUCUAUAUAUGGUUUCCACACUACCCCUUCGUUUGUGAUGUGUGAUCAAUAAAUUUAUUGUGUAUGUAUCUAUAAAACCUUGGUUGUGCUUCUUGGAAUCGUGUGGUACAUUUGGAAUAAAGGGUGUUCUAACUUUUUCUUUCAUAAUUUUAUUUUACGUUUCUUUCUCAUAUAUGUAAACAAUAACCUUUUCCAA